GCUGCAAGUUCGUUGAAAAUUCUCUAACGAACGAAUCAUCUCUCUCCUUCCCAAUCCCUUAUCGGAUUCCGUUCACCGAGAAAGGGACCGAUCUGGAGGAGGCAUCUAAUCUUUUCGAAUCCGGAGGCCGUAAUUCUUCAGCAAUCUCUACGUGCAAUUACGCAAAUACACACGGAUCAUCGGGAUGGAUCAGAUAUUGGGGAAAGUCGGUUCUUACUGGGUCGGGCAGAGAGCCUCGAAGGAGCUCAGCUCCGUUGGCGAUGAUAUCAACUCCAUAUCAAGCAGCAUAGAAGGAGGAGCCACAUGGUUGGUUAACAAAAUUAAAGGAAAAGUUCAAAAGCCAUUACCGGAGCUGCUGAAAGAGCAUGACCUGCCCAUAGGCAUUUUCCCUAGGGAUGCCACAAACUAUGAGUUCAGCGAAGAGACGCGAAAGCUGACCGUGUAUAUACCGUCCGUAUGUGAAGUUUGUUAUAAGGACUCAUCCGUUCUGCGGUUCAAUACCACAGUGAAUGGGCAUCUGGAGAAAGGAAGGCUAAGUGACAUUGACGGAAUCAAAACGAAGGUGAUGAUUUGGGUUAGAGUCUCUGCAAUCUCAACUGAUGAGAACUCUUCAAAAGUACACUUCUCAGUUGGGGUGAAGAAAACCAGGAACAGAGAUGCUUAUGAAGUUAACAGAGAUGGAAUCAGAGUUGACAAAUUUUAAUUAGUUAUAACAAUCUUCUGUAUUUUUAAUUUUAUUACAGAGUAUUUUAUAUACACACACACACGUACUCUUUGCACUGCGGUAAUAUGCACACUUGUGGUUGUGGGAAAAUGUACAAUACGGAAUACAUGAAAUUGGAAGAGUUUGAUUUUUACCCACAGAUUAUAUGAAUGAACAAUAUGUGAAACC